GAGUCACACCUGGUUCCAGUUUUGUGAUUGCUGCAGAGCUCAGACUGCAUCUGCCUGAGAUCAUUAAACUGAGUGUCUCUGGUGCAAACAAAGGAUGCUCCAGUAGAUAAACAGAUCCAUCACUGCACUUUGGUCAGACUUUCAAAAAAAGGAGUCUUGUUGGCAGACUUGCGUAAGACAACAUUUCCAGACUGAAGCGUUAUGGCUCAAUUUGACUGCACAGAUGAAAACAGUUGGAGCAGCGGCAUACUCAACACUCUAAAGUCCUACGUUGGAGAUCCAGUGAGUAAUUUGAUAUCACAGAUACGAAACAUGGAGACAAAGGAGCAGCUUUCCUUAGGGUUUUCUCCUCCAGAAACUGACAGUGCACAGGACACUGGAGACCCAGAGGAGAGCAGUGACUUCCUCCUGAACCAGCUUGAGGAGUGCAGUCCACCCACAGACAUAUCUUCAGCUCUCAGGUCCGUGGCUUUAAUGCGAACAUUGGAUUUAAAAAACGUACGCUGUGCACAUGUGCCUGAGUUGUUCUCAGUGCCUCUAGAUGAGGUGGACAGUCCAACUUUGUCUCCAGAGGAGGAUCAGGAUGGAAGUACAGAAGGGGCCGCAGAUCCAGCUGAGGAGGAAAUGAGCAUAACAUUCCAGUCAAAGUACAUUAAUUUUUUCCCACUGUAUCAGGACUACUGUCUGCAGGAGGUGAAAGACAAUCUGCACAGGCUGAGCAAGAGUUAUGUGUCUGAGCUGAUAGCACCUCAGUAUCUGCAGGGUCUGCAGUCCCGUCUUGUCGCUCAGUGCAGCGAUGUGCCUGCUCCCCUUAAGUUAAAGCCUCCUAAAGCAACUGAAUCCUCAUCUCCACCUCAGCCUGUCAAGGUGACUCCGUGUACCCUUUGGCAAGAUCUAGAGGAAGUGAAGGCGUCCGGCCUGCUCAGCAGCCUGACCAACAGGGAGAUUCGCCUUCAGGAGUCAACGUUUGAGUUGAUCGGCUCUGAAGCGUCUUACCUAAGGAGCCUCGGAGUUGCUGUCAAUCAUUUCUGUGCAUCCAAGGCACUGAGGAAGACCCUGAAUCAAAUGGAGCAUCACAUUUUGUUUUCCAACAUUCGUCGCGUGAUGGCAGCCAGUGAAAAGUUUCUGAUGGAUCUGGAAACUCGACUGGGAGAGAGUGUGUUGAUAUCUGAGGUUGGAGACAUCGUGCUGAAACACUGCCCAGAGUUUCGCAGCCUCUAUGUGCCAUAUGUGACUAACAUGAUGUACCAAGAGACUCUUGUCAACCAGCUGUUGCAGCAGAACAGAGACUUCCUGUAUUCAAUCAAGAAGCUUGAGAGUGACCCAGUGUGUCAAAGACGGAGCCUCAAGUCGUUCCUUGUCCUCCCCUUUCAGAGGAUUACACGUAUUAAACUCCUCCUAGAGAGCAUCCUGAAGCUGACUGAUCCAGGCUCCGACUCCAUUUCAAAUCUCAAAAAAGCAAUAGAAGCCAUUCAUGAGAUCGUGGCCGAGUGUGACAACGGGGUCCAAAAAAUGAAACAAAUUGAGGAGCUGGUCUGUCUGGAAAUGCUGCUGCAUUUUGGCAAAGUUAAGUCAGUCCCUCUGGUUGUAAGCGGGCGGUUUCUGGUGCACCAGGGUCCCAUGAGACAGCUGACUGUGGAGGCAGGUCACAACUCGAGAGUGUCAUACACCAGCGUCUACCUCCACCUCUUCAAUGACCUUUUGAUCAUCUCCACGAAAAAGGACCGGAGGUUCACAGUUCUGGAUCAUGCUGACUUCCCCACACAUGUGCAUGUUCAGAAUCUGAAGACUGAGGUCCUGGGUCUACCCCCAGAUUCCUUCCUGUUGCACAUCUCUCAAAGUCAAACCGGACAGCCCACCGCCAUGAUACUUGCUGCACGCACAAGGUCAGAUAAAGAGGCGUGGAUGGAGGCGCUGUCUUCUAAAAAGUGAUGGAAACAUGAUUCUGCAAUUUUGAUUUUAUUAUCAAAUUUAGGUUGUUUUACUUGCACAUUACCAAUGUAUACAUUUUGAAAAU